GUGUGUGUGUGUGUUUGUUUUGCUUCGAGUUAAUUCGUUUUCAUUUUUGACUCCCCUUCUAGAAAAGGGUGAUGACCUCAUCACAGAGAGCCCGGCUUGCCCAGCUGCGGCAGGAGGCGGUGCUGUCACUCAUUUCCGGCUCCGCCCCCGAUAUAAGGCCGACCGUGGAGGAAAUGGUCGCCAUGCCCCUCCCUCUUUCGGAAAAAUACCAGGAAAUUGACGCAGAAAGUAUCGUCCGGGAAAACACUGCCAACAAACCGCAGCCGAUGGAUGUCCUCCCCGCGGUCUCCACUGCACUCAACAUCCUGGAGAAGUACGGGCGCAACCUGGUGAACCCGAGCAAGCCCAAAUACUGGAGAACCGUCAAGUUCAACAACCCGGUCUUCAAGACCACUGUCGACCCGAUACAGGGCGGUCGGAGUGUGCUCCUGUUGUACGGAUACUCGGAGCAGCAGAAGGACGGGCUCAGUUUCCCGGACGCGGUGCAGAGCCCCGAGGCUGACAAGGUGGCAGGAGUGACUCUGGAGGUGAUGAUGCUGAGAGUGGAGCUGGAGAUGCUGAGCAAGAACACACACCCCCAUCCAGAGGUUUUCAGCCAUGUAAUUCUAGCUGGAGUCCAGCAGGGGGCAGGAGAGGGGUCUAGAGAGGAUUUCGGGGGUCUGAUUUCCGAUUGCGUCCCGUUCGUUGGAGAAAAGGGGGGCGCAGGGAUCCCCCAGCCCGUCACCCCAAAUCCUGUUGCCACUGUGAGCGCCUCGCCAAGUCUGUCAGUGACAACUUUGACAGGGCCAGUCAGGGCAGCUGCCCCCACCUCUCAGGACUGCAGCGUGUGCGGAGACCCCCCCUCCCUCUCCUGCACCCCCUGCGACGGGAAACUCUUCUGCGAGACAUGUGACCAAGUCUUCCACGGACACCCUGCCCGAGCCAACCACAAGAGAGGAGCCAUCAAACAAGAAACCUGCACCAUGUGUGGCAUCAGCGCAGUCUCCGCCCACUGCCCCAGCUGUGUCCAAUCGCUGUGCUCGGAAUGCGACGGGCGGUUCCACAUGCACCCUGGGAGGGCGUGGCAUAAGCGCACGCCUGUGGCGCUGCCUCGCAAUCCCAGAAUCCCCGGCUCUCCUAGUCUCUUCUCCCUUCUCUCUUCCUCCAGCCCUCCUAAAGUUCUGAGGCUGAGAUCUCUGGAGGAAGUCGGGACCCCCUCCUCUCUCCUGCCCCCCUCCCAGUCCCCCUCCCUCUCCCAGUCUCUCUCCCAGCGUUCCCACUGGCAGUGCGUGGCCUGUCCCACGCUCAACGAGGCCCGGGCAGUGCUGUGUGUGGGCUGCGAGCGCCCCAGAGCCUGCAAGACAGCGCCCCCUAGCACCCCGGAGGACAAACUGCAGCAGAUCUCAGGCUCCCUGGCUCAACAGUGGAGCUGUCAGGCCUGCACCAUGUUGAACCUGGGUUGCAGUGUGCUGUGCCAGGCCUGCGAAAGGCCCAGGCUGGCUGCCAGACCCUCUCUGCCAGCCAUCUUUCCACUGCCAGCCCCUGGUCUCACCCCAACUACCAGCUCAGAGAAAACAGCCACGCAGCCAAACUGGAUUUGCAGUCACUGUACCUUCCUAAACACCAACCCUGGAAGAAUCUGUGACAUGUGUGAUAGAACGAGCCAACACCCUGACCCCUCCCCCGCCCCGCCCCAGCCCCGCCCACAAGGGGAUGUGCCAGUCCAAGCCACGCAGCAGCCCCGCCCACUCCUGGAACCCAAGGAAACUCCUCCCCAGCCAUUGCUCCUCCCACCGAGCAAAGCCACGCCCCCUGGGAAGAAAGACACACCCCUGGCAGCGCAGGCCGCCUCCCUCUCCUCUCAGGAUGAAGCUGAUUGGUCCAGGCAGGAGGAGAUGAGGGAGGAGGGGCUGAAGCUGGUUAAAAUGAUCAGGGAGGCGGAGUCCAGUGGAUUCUCUCCUGAGCAGGUAUUCGCUGCUGUCCAUUACUCUGGCACGACGGAGCCCUGUGAUUGGCUGCGCUCCGAGCUGCCCCUCGUUCUGGACGCCCUGACUGAACUGGCGACCUCCGACCUGCAGGGGGCGCGCCUCUCCAGACAGGAGGCCGUCACGGCCUGGGAGGGGGCGGGGGGGGACCUGGAGAGAGCUGUGAAGGAUGCAGUGAGGCAGCGGAGAGCCAAGAUGCGUUCCCUGCGCUCGCUGGGUUUCCAUGACGAUGCGGAGCUGGUCUCAGCUCUGCAGGUGAGCGGGGGGGAUGUCGGGAAGGCCAUCGUGGAGCUGCAGCGCCACCUGCUGGCCCCCUUCCACCAGCGCGUGUGGAGCGAGGAAGAGGAGGAUGAACCUGAGCUCACUGACCCCGACAGACAGAAGGUGCUCCGUCGUCUGCUUGCAGUUUACGAGCUGGCCAGCUGGGGGCGAGCGGAGCUGGUGCUGAGCCUGAUGCUGGAGCAGGGUGGUGCCACCUACUGCCUGGAGGACGUAGUGCAGGCGGUGAGGGAGUCUGCGGACCGAGACUUCAUCAAGAGGAUGCUGAGCACAGAGUGUGCUGUCUGCUAUGCAGAGUUCCCACAAAACAGGCUGCGCUCCCUCACGUCCUGUCAGUGCACGGUUUGCUCGGAUUGUUUUCAGCAGCACUUCACCAUCGCGGUGAAGGAGAAGCACAUCAGAGACAUGGUGUGUCCGAGCUGCUCCGCGCCGGACAUCAGCGACGAAGCAGAGCUCAACAGCUACUUCUCAACACUGGACAUACAGCUGCGGGAGUGUCUGGACGAUGAGGUCUACCAGCUGUUCCACAAGAAGCUCACAGAGAUCGUUCUCAUGAAGGACCCCAAAUUCCUCUGGUGUUCUCACUGCUCGUAUGGUUUUAUCUAUGAGGGGGAUCAGUUGAAGGUGACGUGUGUCCAGUGCAGGAAGAGCUUCUGCUGCAAGUGCAAGAAACCGUGGGAGGACCAGCACCAGGGUUUGAGCUGCGAGGAUUUCCAGAGCUGGAAGAGGGAGAAUGACCCCCAGUACCAGAGGGAGGGGCUGGCCGGGUACCUGAAAGACAAUGGCAUCAAAUGUCCUGAGUGUCGCUACAUGUACUCUCUCUCGAAGGGGGGCUGCAUGCACUUCAAGUGCUCUCAGUGUCACCACGAGUUCUGCAGUGGCUGCAACAACCGGUUCCACCCAGCCAAUUCUAAGACCCCGUGCCAAGUCCCGGACUGCACCCUCAAGGCCACCAUCCACGCCCAUCACCCGCGCGAUUGCUUGUUCUACAUGCGCGACUGGGAUGUGGAGAAGCUGAGAGAGCUGCUGCAGAAAAACCUGGUGGCAUUCAAUACCGACCCUCCUCCAGGGUCACAAGCAGGUAGUUGUCGUGUAAUGAUGCAGAAGGAGACAGCAGACCGCUUGGUUGAUGAACCCUGUGAAAAGGAGACCCCUGCUGGCCAUGCUGGCCUCUGCGGAAGUCACUAUAAGGAAUACCUGGUCAGUCUGAUCAAUGGCCACUCCCUCGACCCCGCCCCCCUCUAUGACCUCAAAGAUCUGGAGACAGCCUGCAGGAGAUACCAAGUGGAAUAUGCUAGAAUACAGGGGGAGACCGAUGAAACGUACCAACCUCGAAUUUUAAAGAAACUGAUGGAUAGCGUGCCUCUGGGAGAUAAAGUUCCUCGCAAAAUAUAAUCUGCAAAAAUAAAAAUAAUAAUAAUAGAUAUAUUUUAACGCUGCACAAAAUGGAUUUAUCGGAUUAUUGGGGUUAGGUUAGGUUCGUUUUUUUCACUUAAUACAGAGAGAGAGACCCAAAUAGACCAGACUCAAUCCGAAAUGAUACAGUAGUACAAUUAUUACACAGAAAUCAGGUGUGAGGGUCCCUCAGUGUAAUACAGAACCAUUAUUACCAUUGCAGUGCCACUGUCUGUCUGCAUUGCCAUUGAAGAUCAUGUAGGGUAUAGUCAGCACACUGUGGUCCCAUUCUACCAGCCUCACCCCAUUGAAGAUCAUGUAGGGUAUAGUCAGCACACUGUGGUCCCAUUCUACCUGCCUCACCCCAUUGCAGCUGCCCUAUACUUGUGCUACCAUCGCCCCUCAGUGUAAUACAGAACCAUUAUUACCAUUGCAGUGCCACUGUCUGUCUGCACUGCCAUUGAAGAUCAUGUAGGCUACAGUUAUAGAGUUAGAUUCAUAUGCCUGGAUCAGGGCUGAUUUCUCUGUUCAGAGUGAAUUCAGAAACAGCUGCUUGGGUUCGUGUGGGUCGCUGUUCUCCGCAGAGUCUGAAGAAAAGUGAGCGAGCGAUCAUCACAAACCCCAAGCAGCUGUUUCUGAAUUCACUCUGAACGGUGACUCAGCCCCCCCCCGAUCCACACCAGCGACCCUCAGAGAGCUCCCUCCCAGUAAUCCAGGAAUCGGUUCAUGCAGCUCUGAGUUUAUAUACACACACUCGCAUUUAGUUAAAUUUUAAAAAGUCUCUACGUUCCGUUUGCUACACGGCUCUCGAGUGUGGAGUUUUGAAAGAAACACGUGCUUAAAACAUACACUGGGUUAAAGAAAUUUCUCAGCUUGCACACCUUCCUGAGUUUCAGAACGUUUUGUGCUUCCCCUGUUCCGCUUAUCUAGAGAAGCGCUAGUCUGAUUUGUGAUGAAACUGUCCCAGGACCUUUUUUAGUACCAGUUAUUGAGAGAAUCUGAGGGUGUGUGGAGUCUGUCUGUCUGUCUGUCACUCAUUAGCAUUUGAAAAAUCUCACUCUUUUCCACUCUCAAUAGUCUGAUCAGCUUGCCCAGCCUUACGUUAGCUAAAUCUAAUGUCUUUGCAAAAAAAAAAAAAUUUAA